AGAUCUGGAAAGUGGGAAAUAGUUGAAAUCGACGCGAGUGUUGUUCCACUUCGAAAAAUCGUUGCUUGAACAGAAAAAUCAAGAAUUCAAUCAAUGAUGAUCAUCGCCAGAAUCAAUCUCUUGCUUCUAUUUCUAUCACAAGCAAUCGCUUCCCCGCGGUUUAAUCUCUCUCACUUCAUCUACCCCAAAAUCAGCGACGAUUUUCGCCCUCAACCCUCUCUCUUCUUAAAGGAUGUCCUUGGAGCCAUAUCUGAUUCUGAACACUGGAAGUUGGAAGACGUUAGGGUUUCGAAAUUGGAAAUAGAGAAGAUUAAGUAUGGGAAUUUGCAGAGAUACGAGAUUGAGUUUCUGUUGCCGAACAAGAAGGAUUUUAUGUUCAAUUUGUGGGAUGAAGUUUCGUUGUGGAAGAGAUUUAAGGACAGAGAAGUAGGGGAUUUUGAGGUUUUGGCUAAUCGAGUGAGCUCAAAAGCAGUUCUUGAUCCAAUUCUAAUAGAAGGGCCUUUUGAGUUACUUGUUUCUGGAGACGACCAGAUGUCCUUGGUACUGCCGUGGAACACAUCACAUGCCGGUUUGAAGCGGAUACUUGUUGGAGAAGACAUUACUGUAGAAGUGAAGAAUGCACAUGCAGUCUCUCUUUUUCAAACAUCCAAUCUUGGACAACAAGCAGAACAGAAUCUUAUUGCUCAUGGGGAGCAACGUAACCUAUGGUUCUUUCCAUGUUUGACAUGUAUGCCAUUACUUCCGGUAAAGAUUUCUGGCUCUGCAUCUAUAGUUGCCUUCAGAACUCAAAAUCCUGGUGCAUACAUCGCAUCAGAUCUUCUAUCUCAGGAUACUAUUGAAUUGCUGCCAGAGAAAUGUUACUCCAGACAUACCCAUGAGAAGCAACAAUGUCCUAUUGAAUCCUUGAGGUCGAGGAUAAGACUGCUGGAAAAAUUAAUGAAGAGCUUAUUAGGUGACAAGAUCAAUCCCGAUGCUGGCAGGGCAAAGCUUAAAGCAAAGAUUGAAGCAUCAACUGUUUUUCGAUAUCAGUUGGAACUAGAAAGGAAUAUUAGAACCAACGAUACUCGGUGGAUUACUAUGGAGGAAUGGCGUACAAGGCCUACUGUUGAGCAUGUAUGGUUUGAGGUACUGGCAAGAAUUGAAAGGAAGAGGUUAAAGCCCUUGGUUGUUAAGAAGAUUAAGCCUUUUGUUGGAGUAGAUUCUUCUGCAUGGAGUAAUUUGAUGGCCAAUAUGUCCUUCACUAAAUUGUCAUCCGUCCUUGUACCUCCGGAGGCUCUUACACUGGAUGUGAAUUGGUAGGAAACUUGUAUUGCACAUCUCUGUGGCAAUUCUUAUACCAUGUAAUAACAUUCAUCCUCAGAUUAUGUACCAGAUUCCUUGUAAAAAAAGUUUAUAAUCAGAAGUUUGUAAAUCAAGUUCAAACACGUUAUUAGAGAAAGGAGUAGAGAGAGAGAGAGAGAGAGUAGAAAUGAACCAAAAGGAUACAUUUUUUCAUUGCAGAUGCAUCGCCAUAAAAGGUGUUGGAUACGAUCUGGUUCUUAAUUCUUGAUCAGC